AUGUUUUUAAAAGUAUUGUUGACUUUGGGUCUAAUCAACAUAAACUUAUAUGGAAUUUACGCAAUGACGGCAGACCAGAAGGCGAUGAUCCAUGCGCAUUUUGAAAAAAUUGGAGCCGAAUGUAUCAAGGAACAUCAAAUAUCUGUGGACGAUAUAAAAAACUUGAGGGCUAAGAAGUUGCCAACGGGCGAAAACGCUCCGUGUUUCCUGUCUUGUGUAUUGAAGAAAAUCGGCGUUAUGGAUGACAAAGGAAUGCUUCAAAAGGAGUCAGCCUUAGAAUUAGCCAAAAAAGUCUUCAAUGAUGACGAAGAGCUUAAAAUGCUUGAAGAUUAUCUUCAUUCCUGUUCCCAUAUAAACGGUGAAAGUGUAAGUGAUGGUGAAAAGGGCUGUGAGCGCGCAAUUCUUGCUUACAAGUGCAUGUCUGACAAUGCAUCCCAGUUUGGCUUGGAGAUGUGA